AUGCUUAGACUGCCUCCAUCCGCGCUUGCAAGGCGGAUCGCUGCUCUUGUGUUUCUAGCUCUCACCUGCAGCCGUGCGGCUACCCUAGCUGUUGAGAAGAUGGCUUUGGUGGAUGCAGUCAAUGACAUUCUCAUUGCUGAAUUCGACCCUCUUGUGUCUGGGACGACACUGUACCUGGACGAGCUCCCUGCACAGAUCAAUGUUGUCGCCACUACCUUUCAAAGUGUUGGAAGCCUGCGGUUCAAAGUCAACGGAGGCACCUUCAGAACGGAGAGCAAUGCACCCUAUGCCCUGGCUGGGGAUAGUGGGGGUGAUUAUGCCAACUGGGGGCCGUCGCCUGGGACGUACCUCAUUGGUGCCCAGGCCUUUGCGAAUUCUGGUGCCAGCGGAGAUUUUGGGACCGAACAUCAGAUCGUCGUUACUGUUGCUGCCACUCGCCCGGUGCCUAGGGUUGUACUUCCUGACAGCCUCAUGCAGAGCCCUCAUGGGGAGAUCUUGUCUAAGUCGAUGGAGGCUGCUUCAAGGUUCUUUUGCGAGGAUGGCGACUUACAUGGCACGACAACGGCGGUUGGGGCAGUGACCACGAUACGGCUGACCGCGCAGACAGACCCGGUGGUGCUGGAACUGAACACCAGUGAAGACAGCUCGCCCAUGAAGAUCGUACUUCCGCCAAGCCUGCUGCAGAGUUUGCUCCAAAGUGGCAACGCCAUGAUGGUUUUCACAGAGGUGGCGCAGGAGCUAGCUCCAGCCUUUACUGCGCAGGACGUUGACGGAGAAGAUGUGGUUCUCUUGUCACGGCUUGUGGAGCUCUCCUUCAUCAGCGAGAAUGCUGGAGCUUUGACUCUACUGAACGUUUCGGGAAGCGAAGGCAUCGUCUUCUCCUUCGCUUCCCGCGCUCCGCUUGAGGACGAGAAGUGUGGAUUCUUCGACCCCGCACUGGGUGCCUGGUCGAAGGAGGGGGUCGACUUCUUGGCCCACUACGAGGUUCAUGGCGAAAGCAUCAACCGUUCCUGGUGUCGGACUACACACACAUCCCUCUUUGCACUCCUGCAGACGGUACCUUUUGACCGGACCAUUGGAGGAGUCGUCGUCAACGUGGAGAGCUAUGCAGGUGCUGUGGUGCUUUGCAGCGCUUUCGCAGUUAUAUGCUGUUUGCUUCUCUGCAUUGUCUUGCUCCGACGCGUGCGGAAGCCUACCUCCGGGCAUGUCAAGCUGGUGGCACAGAAGCGUGCACAUGGCCGCAAAGAGAAGGUGCGCACACUCUCCUUCAAGCUCAGCGAGCUGGGCGAAGUGGAUGUGGAACGCGGCCCAGCAGCCCAGGCAAAGGUCCACGUGCGCUGGGAGGAAGACCUCAGCAUACUGGAAGACCUACACUACCUGCGCCGGGGCCGCCGUCAAGUUGCCGUGAACCUUAACAUCGGGCCACCUCAUCGCAAGGUGGAUUCGGCCGACUCCCAUCGAGAUCCUCCUCGGGAGACGGUUCGACCGCAGCUCUCCUCAAACGUGGAUGCAGGUGCUCAUCUGGAGACGGAGCCCCCGGAGACCGAGCCGUCGUCUCAGGCCAACGAACUGGUGCUUUCAAGCUUGGACGAAGCAGUGGACGUCAUCUCUGCCGGUGUGGAUGAUCUCUACUUCUUGGAGACCGACUCUAUUGAAGAAUCUAUUGUGUCUGCAGGGCUGGAUGGCUUCGUGUUGCACGUGCCUCCGACUGAAGCCUACCUGGAAGGUGAAUGGGUCCUGUACUUUUCUUCGACCUUGGCAUGCAUGGUGCCAGCUAGAGUCGCGGGGCCAGGCACCUUCCAAAGCGACGACCCAAGCGAGCUCCCCUCCUAUGCUUGCCGUGUCGGCGUCCGCAGCCAGCUAAGGGAGGCUGUACCUUUGCGAGCCCUACGGCCAGUUCUGGAGGCGGGCGAGCACGUGGAGGUCUAUUCGGAGAAGGCCUGGACCCCCGGGGUGGUCCGGACCACGCCGCCCGUCCGCCGCCCACCACACCUUUGGACUUUCCGAGUGAGGCUUGAGAAGGACCAGAAAAAGGACCUGGAGGUUCCUUUGAACAUGCUUCGACGUCGGUUCGUGGCGGGCGAGCAGGUGGAAGCCUACCUGGGCCGUGGAGCUGGUUGGGUCCCGGGCACCGUCAGCGAUACGGUGGUUGAAAUCCCACUGGCCACCACAUGGUCACAGAGGUCGGAAGCGUCUAUGACUUCCGCUCCGUCCAUUUUAGACAUGGACCUGCAGCUUGCCAACCUGGACACCACCGUGCGGAUCUUCCUUGAUUCUUCGAAGCAUGAGGUGGAGCUUCCAACCUCCCAGCUUCGAAGUUGCCGUCAGUCAAAGCUGUAG